CAUGUUGAUGACGUCCGCGCGGCGGGAGAGCAGGUUGACCAUGUCGGGCCUGUCGUUGCAGCCGCCCAGCUACCUGUUGGCUCUUCUUAAAGCAGAUGGUGUGAACAAGUCGAUAGUUCAGAGAUGCCUAGACUUAUCCAAGGUGAUAGAAGACUACUCUGCCAAGGAGCUCCAUUUAAUUUUCCCGUGGCUAGUGGAGGCGAUCUUUGGGAACCACGAUGGGAUGGCUGUGGGCUGGAAUUUGUGCUACUUGCAGUGCCGAAAUAAUCCAAGUGAUUAUGCAGCCGUGGUAGAGUUCCUGGAUCCCAGUGGUCCAAUGAUGAAGUUGGUUUACAAGCUGCAUGCUGAAGAUUACAAGUAUGAAUUCUCCGUUGUGUACCUUCCUGGUCCUGUGAAGGCAUCACUCCAAGAAGGUGUCCUGCCCGAUUCCCCACUGUAUCACAACAAGCUACAGUUUCCGCUGUCGGGAAUGGCCAGUCCCAGUCUCAGUCUCUCCCUCAAUCCCUUUGAAUAUUAUUUCUUCAAUUUUGCUAGGCACCUUACUGCACCACGGAAUUGCCCCCCAGGACAGCUCUUCAGCACCUCAGACAGUGCCUAUUUUGUGGUAGUUGAUCAGUAUCUGAAGUACUUCCUGCCAAUAGAAGGCAAUGUGCCACCGUCGCCGUUCAUGAAUGCUUGUGGCACCGUCUCUCCUCCGGCACCAAGAACUCAGAGUGUCCCAUUCACCUCCUAUGGUGGGCCCCACACCAGCCUACUGAAACGUUGUAUAUCCCACCAACCCUCGGUCACCACCGACCCAGCCGCACAAGAAAUCUGGAGAUCAGAGACGUUGCUUCAGAUCUUUAUUGAAAUGUGGCUUCACCAUUAUUCUCUGGAAUUGUAUCAAAAAAUGCAGUCUCCCCACAUCAAGUUGGAAGUGCUACAGUACCGCCUGGGUAUCUGCAGUACGCAGUACCACACUGCGUCACCACUGCCUGGCCACAGCACCUUCCACACCUACCAAGAACCGUUUACUCCAUCAGAGGAGCACGUGCUGAUGGUGCGGUUGCUGAUCAAACAUCUCCACUGGUUUUCUAGUAGCAUCAAACAGGAGCAGGCUUCACCCUCUGCUCAUUCCCACCCUGGCAGCCCACUGGAGGACUUCAAGAGAGCCGCAAUUUCGUGCUUCUUUCAGCAGAAUCUCUACGUGUUUCUGCAACAGUGCUUCACCCAUUGGCCACUGGAUGCCUCCUUCAGAGCUGUUUUGGAAACGUGGCUCAGCUUUCUGCAGCCUUGGAGGUACGCAGUGGACAAAGCACUUGGCGUGGAGUCUGCUGAUCGCACUGUACCUGACAAAUGGGCCUCCUUUGUACAGGACAACUUGCUAAUGUUCACAAAACUCUUCCAAAGCUUCCUCAAUCGGGCUUUGCGCACUGAUCUUGUCAGCCCCAAGAAUGCAUUGAUGGUGUAUCGAGUGGCCAAGGUCUAUAGCCAGCCCAACCUUGCCGACAUGAUCAAGGAAGCGGAGCGUCAGUUUAUGGAGCCGGAUCCAAUACACCAUCCGAGGCAGCACCGUGUGUUUGCCUCACCAGCCUUUGGUAGCAGCUUCGUAUCCACCUGGCAUUCUCCAGUGGCCGACACCACCUUCCGGGUAAAGGGCCACGUCUAUAACCUGGAGGGCCAGGACUGUGUCUACAAGCAAAUGUUCGGACCCGAAGUCAGGGGCCUGGUAAUGAAGCUAGCUCAUCUGAUAGCACAGGCCAAGCAGACAGCGAAAUCCAUCUCUGACCACACUUCCGAGCAGUCCACGGGCCACUCGCUCAUGUCCUUACUGGGCCUUUCCACCUACAACUUCAACACUUCUGUUUAUGGAAGCAAUGAUUUGGAUGACCUGGGACCGGAUGAGAUACGGAAAACAGACGAAUAUUUGGAAAGGUCGCUGGAGUACCUGUGUCAAGUGUUCAAGCUCAGCACCCCUCAGCUGGCACCGCUGGCACUGAAUGUGGGAACGGGCAGUGACGAGAAUGGGAAGCACCAGCUGCCCGAUUACAUCCAGGCGGAGGACAGGCUGAUGCUGACCCAGCUUGGACGUUACCAGAUCAUAAAUGGUCUCCGAAGGUUUAAUGUGGAAUACCAGGGUGAUCCUGAGCUCCAGCCGAUUCGCAGCUACGAGAGCAGACUGUUAGUGCGGCUGUUGUACCGACUGUCGUGUGCCAUUAACCAGCGGUUUUCUGCUGAGAUGGAGACCCUGUGUCAGCAGCAAGGUGUUUUGGGAAAGGUAGCCUGCUAUUACCUGACCAGCCCUGACCAGGCCCAGAAGUUCAGGUCCGUUCCGCUGACACAGCGGCCUCCUCGUCAGCCCCGUCUCAGCCUGCGUUUCUUGGGCAGUUACCGAACGCUCUUCUCGCUCUUCCUCUGCAUGGUCAUUGGUGCCACGCUCCAUCUGAACCCUCUGACCUCCAUCAUCCUCAUCCUAACUCUGUGGUUUCUCUACGGCGUGGUCUGGGCCCUGUGCUCAGUCCCAGCAAAGCCCCACCAGCAAUGAGUACCCAGCAUUUCCUCGCCAAUGCACUGGAGGCAAAUUUAGGAUCAAAGCCAAGGUUUUCUAAAUGAUUUUUGAACAGUCCUUACUGUUGUAAAUGUGGAGAGAACUAUUUAUUUUUACAAUGGUGUUGUUUGUGACCAUGUUCUAUCAUAAUUUUAAUAUUCAAUACAAUAUAACCUGUGAAGUUCUGGACCAGAAACACUGAGGAAGUUUACUGAUUGUUGUAUUCAAAUGGAGCAUCUGCAUUUGGAUUUCCUCCCCACCCAGCAAUUUGUUUCUAAGCCCUGGAUUUUGGCUUUGCCUCCGCUCAAACCAAGCCUUGCUGGCCAGUUCUUGCUACACAGCAUUGACGCUGUGCUGAAGAUAUGCAGCUCACACGGCAGGCAGGGUUGCUGGAACUCGUUCUGCAGCAUGUCACAAACUCCGCAGGAUGGUUCUCUUGAUUUUUGUGCGUAAUCGUAAUUGCUCAAUGAGUCAGGAUAUAAGCUAGAGCUGGGAGCAAGUGCAAUGAGAGUGAGACACUGCAUGAUUCCUUUCAGGCCAUUUGGCCUGGCGAGUUUAUACUGGCUCACAUUCGCAACAAUCCCUAUCACUAGGGGUGGGUUAGCCUCAAACCCCAUGCAAUCACAACAUCUGAAGCUGGGUUUACCGUGCUGGUAAUCCCUGGGAAAAUGAGUCUGUCUGAGAACAGCUUGAAAACUGCACUGGUUCACCAGCUUCCGAGAUGGUGCAACUCACACAAAAUACUGCAGGAACUCAGUGGAAUGAAUAAAGAGUCAAGACCUUCUUCAGGACUGGCAAAGGGGGAAGAUUGCAGAAUGAAAAGGUGGGGUUGGGGGAAAGGAGGAUAGAUAGAUGGUGAUGGGUGAAGCCAGGUGCGUAGGGGAGGUGAAGGGCUGGAGGGGAAGGAAUCUAGUUGGAGCAGACAGUGGACCUUAGGAGAAAGGGAAGGAGGAGGGGUCUUGGGGGAAGUGAGAAGAGAUGAGUUCUGAGUGGCGAAUAGGGGAGGGGAGGGAAGUUUACUGAUGUUCGUGCCUGUAGCUGAAUGAUACCAGGCUGCAACUCCAGCCAGAUUCACUGUGGUGCUGCCGUACUGACCCUGGGCUCACUCCAUCUCCUUGAUGGCUUCCUGACCCCUUUAAAUCCAGCUACCCACAGAAACCUGUCUCCCUCUGACGCUUUGAUAUGAGAUUCUGCCAGAUGCUGUAAAUCUUAAGCAAUACACACAAUAUGCUCCAGGAACUCAAAGUCAGGCAGCAUCCAUGAAGGGGAAUAAACAAUGUCUUGACCCAAGACACAUUUAUCAGAGACCUUCAUUAGUUUCAAUGAACGGUCUCUGUCCCAAACAUCAACUGUUUACUCCCCUCCUUGAUUCUGCCUAACGUGCUGAGUUCCUCCUGGACAGUUGUGUGUAUCUGCCCCUUCUCUGGUUCCAUUAUAACGUUACUGACCAGCAGGUCCACAGCAGACCCUGUCUACUGCAAAUUAGUGAAAGCAGAGCUGUUGCUGCCUCGGGAUGUCUUCUUCCCCACAAUGUUGUUGCUUAGCUCCAGGGAGUUCCCUACAGCAGCCUAUAGUGUUUUUAAUUAAAUAAAGAA